UGUACCUCUCACAGGGAACAGCUCGCUGCACGCGCUCUGUGCAUACUUACUGUAUGUACACGUAUAUCGCACGCUGUCAGGUCAGUGUUGCCGUUGCUGUGAAGCCUUUUAUUUCGAACGUUUAAACACACAGGCAUGACAGGCCUACAUAAAUGUAUACAUAUUGAUGAUGCCCUUGCUUCCUUGAAGCUUGCAAGUUGAAGAGACAAAGAUUUUCUUCCGUCAUCUGCAGCUGGCAGUUUGUGAGGCUCGGCCGUAGAAGAGCUGCUGGUGUGGUGGAAUUUGGUCACAAACACUGCCAACAGAUGAGAUAUGCACAUGUGGUCUUGAACUGUAAAGCGAGGAGAACACUACUGGUACAUGUUGAUGCUCAUUGAACAAUUCUCUUCAGCAAAGUGCCUAGACGAGCAGCGUACAUGUACAUGUAGGUCAGCGUGACUGCCAGUACCAUGCACUUGGAUUCCCCGGGCCAGUGAAUAAUCGAGCAGAUGGGAGGAUUCUAGCUGGCCAACUUCAGUGUCGUUCAACUCAAGUCAGGUGCAAGCAUUCGGGCCUUUGGAGUGAAAGACAUGCACUACACCAGUACCUGUGACUCUGCUCUUGUAAGGAAUUGGCAAUGCCCUUCAGCAUCACACCAGACGCUGAAAUUUAUAGAGUGAUUCAUCACAGGAUUCAGGCAUCAAGACCUGUGGAGAAUUCUAAAUGAGCCCAACCAGAGCAGAUUGAUUUUCCCCAAGUCUUGAGGAAUGUCGAGGAUGAGAUUUUCCACACGCGCGGGCCAGACCAACAACAAAUUGUUGCAGUUUUGAUCUUUACACUCAGGCUCCUCCCGGCUAAAGUUUGAUGCACUUUCUGUUUAUUUGCUCAUGUUCCCCCCACAUACGUCAAUCAAUCAUCUCAAAUGUAAACAGAAAUAACAAAUUAUACUGGCUGUGGCUGCUGGUCUGACUAGCUUCUUGUGUAAAGGUUGCAGAGAAUGAGCUGUUUGGUUGACUGAAAGCAUUGCCACAGCUUUGUAGACAUUUGUCUGCAGAGAAAGCAUUGCCACAGCUUUGUAGACAUUUGUCUGCAGAGCAUGCAGUAAAUUUUUCCAGCCUACAGACUGGUGUCUCAUUUCAUGUGAAAAAGACUUUUGUUGCAUCAGCCGCAAGGUUUCUUCUGAGCUUAGAAAUCUGCUUGGGAUAUUUUGAGGCAUGGAGCUGCAGAAUAGAGUGAUUAGAGGGUCAAAAUUGUCAACUGUGGCAUUACAUGUACUAGAAAUUUUGGUCUGAUCUGAGGAAUUGACAAAUCAAUUCAGAGUUUCUGUUGAUGGAAAAUGUUGCACCUGCUAGUUCAUGUAAAUUAAAUUGAAGCAGUCAAAAUGAAAAUGGACAAAGAAAGUCUGUUUUCUUUAUCAACACGGCCAGUUCCAGUUCAAGGAUUUCAUUUAAGAUGAUGUACAAUAAUGUUGGAGCCUGAGCGUUGUAAGCAAUGUGGUAACCAGUGAUGGACUACCAGUUCCGGAAGGGAUACAACGGGGGCACGGGCCAGUCGGUGCGGAUGGCGUUCAUCCGCUGGCUUCAGCGCAAUGGCAUCCUGAUGCAACUGAUCGUCCUGCUAAUUGCGGUCUUGGUCCUCAUCCCACUUGUCACACACUACUACCUUAGCAAUGCUGAGCUGCCAGCUGGAGCCCGAGGAAGCCGCAGUCAGCCCCAGCAGCUCUCCCUUGAGGGCCUGCGGGCCCUAAAGCCCCAGGAGGUCAAGGCCCGGCUGGAAGAGCUGUACCGCAUCCGCGGCUCGGUCCAGCAGGAACUGCGAGACCUGGAGGCCAAGCGUAAGGACAUGCAGAACCAGAUUGACCAGUACACCACCCUCAUAGCCCAGAAGCAGAAGGAGACCGAAGAGUCGCAGGCUGCCCUGGACAAGGUCAACUUUGAGAUCGUCCAGAAGCGCAAGAACUAUGAGGAGGUGAUCCAGCGCUCCAUGCUCCACAUUGGAGCCCCGAAGCAAAUACUACCCCAACUGGAGGACAGUGGAGAUGUGGAGCCGCCCCAAGCCAGCGCCCAGUGCCGGCAGCAUAACUGCUUUGAUUACUCUCGCUGCUCACUUACAUCACACUUCCCAGUCUACAUCUAUGCCAUGGAGGAUGUCACACUCUCGAAGCAACCACUGGACGUGUUUGUCCAGACCAGUGUGGCCAGCGCCAUGACCACCAACCCCCAUGUGACAUUUGACCCCAACAUUGCCUGCAUCUACCUGGUCCUGAUCGGGGACACGGCCGACCACUGGCAGAGUGCCAGCAGCCUGGAGCUAGAGACUAGCCUCCGGAAGCUCCCAUUGUGGAAGGGGGAUGGCCGGAAUCACGUUUUACUGAACCUUGCCCGGAACACCUCAGCCAGGAACGUGCUGUACGGCAUGAACACAGACCGCGCGAUGGUGGUGCAGGCAAACUUCGACGCGGCACAGUUCAGACCAGGCUUUGACAUUGUUGUGCCAAUGCUUCUGGGAAAAGAAACAUCAUUUAGCUGGAAAGAGACGCCACCAUUACUUCCCGCUAAGAGAAAAUACCUGCUGUCUUUCCAGGGAAUCUUGUCCCCGUACGCCAGUAAACAGUCCAGUCACGGACAUGCUGACAUCGAAAACGUCAUGAUGAGUCGACGUUUGAAAGACUCCAAUAGAACCAGAGUCAACUCUGUGAGUGAUUUUAUCCAAGAGGAACUCCAUAAAUUGAAAUCCCUACAGGGGGAUAAUUUUUAUUUUGAUUUUAAGUGCCCACCGCUGAGCGCAGACCCUGCCAGCAUCGAUUUAUCAGACUGGUGGGUUUGUAGGACUAAAGAUAGACUAGAUAUUUUGAAACAGUCAACGUAUGCAUUAAUUAUUGGCCCAGAUGAACACAUAGUGUCUUCAACUAUGAUACAGGUGAGACUGUAUGAGGCUUUAAAACACGGAGCAAUUCCUGUAAUCUUUGGGGAGCAUGUGCAGCUCCCAUUUGGGGAGUUUCUUCAGUGGAGGAAGGCUGCCAUCAUCUUACCAAAGGCGCGAGCGUCUGAGCUAUAUUUUUAUUUGAAGACUAUUCAGGACAAUGACAUUCUGCAGCUGCGCAGGCAAGGGUGGUUCAUCUGGACAACAUACCUGAGCUCCACCCGGGCCGUCUUAGACACGGUCCUGGCCACCCUGAGAACGAGGCUGAACAUCCCUGCCAGCAUCAUGCGUGGCGAGCAGGCUGUUAGCCUCUUCCCCGGGGGUGCCCCACCAAAGCAGAAGCAGGUGCAGGGCAUGAUGCCCGAAUCGGAUGAUUACUUCCCUCCACCUGAGAUCCCCUUCCCUUCUCUGGCAUACCUGCGCAACUUCACCUACAGCACAGUUGACCGCGACAUCACAUGGAACUCGGCACCGGGGCCCUUCCGCCUCUUCCCCCACACGCCCUUUGACCCUGUGCUUCCCUCGGAUGCCAAGUUCCUGGGGUCGGGGCUAGGCUUCAGGCCUAUUGGGAAGGGGUCGGGGGGCACAGGAAAAGAAUUCCAGGAGUCGCUUGGGGGCAACAUCCCCAGUGAGCAGUUCACCAUCAUCAUUCUGACCUAUGAGAGGGAUGCCCUGCUGAUGACAUCACUGGAGAGGCUCAUGGGAUUGCCGUAUCUAAAUAAGGUUAUAGUGGUGUGGAACUCUCCCAAGCCGGCAGCAGCAGACAUCAUCUGGCCAGAGAUUCAUGUCCCUAUUAAGGUUGUCCGAACGAAGAAAAAUAGCCUCAACAACCGUUUCCUUCCCUACGAAGAGAUUGAGACAGAGGCCAUUCUCUCUCUGGACGACGAUGCACACCUCCGGCAUGAUGAGAUUCUCUUUGGUUUCAGAGUUUGGCGGGAAAAGAGAGACCAGAUUGUGGGUUUUCCUGGCCGUUACCAUGCAUGGGACAUCAACCACAAUAAUGGCUUCCUGUACAACUCCAACUACUCAUGCGAGCUCUCCAUGGUGCUAACUGGUGCAGCUUUCUUUCACAAGUAUUACGCCUAUCUCUACAGUUACGUCAUGCCACAGGUUAUCCGUGACAAAGUUGAUGAGUACAUGAACUGCGAGGACAUCGCUAUGAACUUCCUGGUGUCCCACAUCACAAGGAAGCCUCCAAUUAAGGUGACUUCUCGUUGGACCUUCCGUUGCCCCUCCUGCCCUGAAGCACUGUCGCAGGACGACUCCCACUUCAAGGAACGCCACCGAUGCAUCCAUUUCUUCAAUCAGGUGUACGGCUACAUCCCACUCCUCUACACGCAAUUCAGGGUGGACUCGGUGCUGUUCAAGACGCGAGUGCCCCAUGACAAGCAGAAGUGUUUCAAAUUUGUUUAGUAUUUGGGACUCGAGCUUCCUAACACCUUGGCUGACAGGAUUGCAAAGAACCCAACCCUUUGUCUGCCUGCUGUUGUGCCCCAGUAUUGCUAUUUACUUCGAACAACGCGCUGGUAGCUUCAUUUCAGUCAGUCCACUUGCAACAGCAACAGGGAGAAGUGUUUUGAAAUUUUUUCAGCGAUUGGGAGUCAAACCCCAACCCAUCCCCUGGCUAUUCAGAUUGUAGAGGUGUCAACCUUUUGGUCACAUGAUGUACCAUUUUUUCUGAUGGUCGCUGUGCAGCGAUGACAAACACAAUAAUUCCACCAACCUGCAUCAUGGCCUAAGGGGAUUUCAGAAGCCCCAACCAUUUGAGGUGUUCUUUUAACUUUUUGCCAGAUUAACACCUAAUACAUUGCACUAGUGCCAAAUGCGGGGGUGUGAGAGCUCAGCUUUUGAGCAAAAUUCAGCAUUUAUUGUUCAGAUUUUUACCCCGAAUUCGCAGCUUUUUCUUGUACACCUGCUCUGUACAAAUCUUCUGUGAGAAAUCUUUAAAUUCAAGCUUUUAGCUAGCCUUUUCCACUUUUUUCCGUAUGUGGCCUGCCACACCCCCCCUGAAAAUGUACUCCUAAAAUGGUGCACUUGGUAUUAAAACGAAAUGCAGAAUCACGUCUGCAUUUCAUUUAAUACUUAAUGCAAUAAACGUUGUAAUGUCCCAUCAGAUUGUGCAAAAUCAGAUAUGUCUUGUGUAUUUAUCUCUGUUGUGAAAUAGUCACAGAGUGUUUAUUAAUGACCAAAGAUACUGUGUAGCAUAAGCGGAGAAUUCUCUUGCCAUUUUGGAGGAAUGAAGGGGAAUGUCUGUAAAUUUGAUAUAUUGAAAUAUAUGUAUAUUUUCUAUAGUGAUACCACUGCCCUCCACAGUUUCCUUCGUUGCUGAUCAAUCAAUCUUAUUGUGACUGCUCUUUUGAUUGUAUUUGUAAGUUGAAUAAAAAUGUUAAUCACCAUUUUAUCCAUGCUAGAAAGCUGCAUGCUAAUUUCAAUUUUCCAGUCACACUUUCAUGUUGGGACAUAUUAUACCAGUCUAGUAUUAAGUAGUGGCGUAACUGGGCUAAACAUCAAGGAGAUCCUGGAAUGCACUAUUUUUCGGGGAGGGGGGAGCACUUAAAGGGUACUAACUUGUACAUAGUUUGUACGCAGGCAGUGUACAUUUUGUAAUUUCAAAGGGGGGCUGGACCUUUGCCAGGGGAAAAUUAAUUCCCCCCCUUACGCUACUGGUGUUGAGCUUCAAACUGAAAUCACUUAACUUUUAGCUACACAAACUCCCCUAACAUAAUGAUUGGGACCUCUAAUUUGGCUGUGAAACUCUGAAGACCUUGUCAUUGCCUCUUACAAAAUGAGGAGCGUUUUGUCAGCAAACCAAUACAGUAAAAUUAACUUUCCUUUGGCUAUUCUGGGUUUUUCCUUGGAGUCUUCUAAAUUUUAUCUUGACGUCAAGGCAAACUUCAGAAGAAUGUGGUUAUAGCUUAGUUUAUCCACCAGAUGCAUUAGCAUCAAAGGUCAUGUUUUCAUGCCAGUGGUGACAUUUCUUUUUGGGGGCACUGGCACACAUUAUUGUAAGGUAGUUUGAAGGAAAGUAAACUGCAGCUUGUGCAAUGUAUACAUGAACAUGUGGGCUGUACAUGUACAUGUAGGUUGUUUAUAUUUCAAAAUUUCCAGGCAAGGAACCAAUGGGGCACAUCCCCCCCUCCAGUUCAUUUUCACUCAUAUUUACUUUCAUAAGGAUUACCUUAUCCUCAUUUGUGCGUUUUUUUCAGCAACAACAAAUCCUGUUUUCAUUUUGUUUGUUUUUCUCUUUUUUGAUUCUGCAUAACAUACUAAUAUCAAACGUGAAAACUGUUCGAGUCUAUUAUUACACUCUCACAAGAAGCUCUUGUGUGUCUGAAAGAGAAUCUCGUAGUUAUGUUAAUCUGUGUCGGAAUCAUGUAAAUUUACGCUAAUCUUGCAGCAGAAAAUAAGUUGCAAGUCUAUGAGUUCAAGAAGUCUUGCAGUUCUUGUAAUUCUGGUAAUGAUAUCAGAAUAGGUUUCUGGAAAGCUUCACAUUAAGAUGCUUUUGUGAGCGGUGAUAAGCCUGAAAAAACAUAUUUGGUAUAUAUAUACAUGUAUAUAUAUAAGACCCAGAUUUCUCUUUGUAAAAUUGGUUAUUUAUUUGCCCCUUUAUAAAUAAACAGUAAAUGCAUGGUUAUACAUGCACUAA